AUGUCUCUGAACAAAUCUGGUCGACCUGAUCCUCAAUUGGAAGCUGAUUUUGAUAUUCGUGCUAAAAAUGUAGAACAAUGUUUAAAUGAAUUAGAACAAUUUCUAUCACCUCUUGAAAAAACAACAUAUUCGACAAUUCAUGAAACCAUAUCACCAUUAGAUCGGGCCCGAUAUGAUUUAACAGCAGCUUAUACGUUAAAUUCUUUAAUGUGGUCUUAUCUUCGUACACGAGGUAUUGAUCCAAAACAAACACAAUUAAAACCUGAAUUAGAUCGUGUUAAAUCGUAUAUGGAAAAAAUGAAAAUGAUUAUUGAUAAACAAGAUGCGCCUAAAGUAGAUAAAAGUGCAGCUGUCAGAUUAUUAAGAAAUGCAUUAUGGCAAAAAGCACAAGGAAAAAAUACGAAAACAGAUUCAGAAACAAAUGAAAAUUCUGAUAUGACCACUUGA